AUGACUGGCUCGAGCCAUGACCCAGCGACACCCUCGGGUAACGACCUGAGAUCCGCGCGUGGUACAUUCCGACUAGCCAGCUCGAGGCUUGAUUUUGCUCAGAAUCCGGUACAACAGCCUGGAGAGGAGCACGGAGGCCACGGGCAUCAUCCAGCCCCUAGCAAACCUGAGCGCGAUGACGACGGAAACUCUCUAAUACAAUUUACCAAAAGAGAGUCAGCGUCAACGUCUGAGUUGUUCUAUGAUCUUUGGUUUGUUGCCAAUCUUACUGUGUUUGCAACCGUCCACCCGAUUACUGAGAAGGAAACGCUGGUAUCCUUUGUUGGCUACUUCCUACUUUUGUGGAACACUUGGUUCAUCACGACCGUUCACGAUGCCCGAUUUAUCCAGGAUGGCAUUCUUCCUCGCCUUGCUCGUGCCUGCCAUCUCGCCGUCAUGAUUGGUUUUGCGAUUGUUGGGUCAGCCUUCGACAAAGAUGAUUUGAUCAGGCCAAUCAUCAAAGCCGGGUCCCUCUUCUUGACGCUAUCGCGGCUUGUCUUGACUGCUCAAUACUCUCUUGUCCUCUACCACGCUCGACACAACAAGAGAGGUCGAAAGGUGCUUCUUGUUUCGGUUAUCCUCCAUCUGCUGCCUGCGAUUGCGUAUCUAGUCGCUGGUGUCAUUUCCAACAACAAACAAGACCAGCACCUGAUUAUUAUUUGGUAUACUGUUGGGCUGUUGGAGUUGCUUUCCAUCAUUGCUCAUGCCACCCUCUCUAAAACACUUAGCUUUGAGGGAACCCACUUCAAUGAGCGUCUGAACCUUCUGACAUUGAUUGUUCUGGGAGAAGGCGUUAUUCUUCUCACAAAGAAUGUUUCCAAGAUCGUCAAAUAUACUUACCUCAAAGGCUUAGCCGACUACUGGUCCCCGGCGCUCAUUGGUACAUUAUUCUCCGUUGGUGCUCUUCUCUUCAUCACCUUCCAGCUUUACUUUGACUGGAUGCAUCACCACAAUCACAUGGCCCCAUGGCGCCAUGCCAUCUGGACCUUCCUCCAUCUGCCCUUCCACGCUGUCCUGGUCCUGCUGGCUGAAGGUAGCAGCCAAUGGGCAGUAUGGUGGCGAGCAAUAGAAGCAUACCGCGAGGCCGAGUAUAAACUCCAGAAGAGCGUCACAAACAGCUUGAGAAAUACCACGGCCUCUUCGAUAUCAUCUGCUGUGGCGGAUAGUCUGAAGUCCACAUCGUAUUAUCUCAUGAAGAAAUAUGGUACGGAUAUGGAAGACGGGAGCAAGAACACGGAGGAGCUCGACGCCAUCUUUGAGGAGAUCAGCAACCUCCCAAAGACCCUCUGGACUCAGGAUAUUGAGGACUCGACUGACGCUGAUGUCCAAAGCUGGAUUGACGACUACCUCGGAAUAUCCCGCGCUGUCAUCAAUUCAAUCAGUGAAGCCUUUGGUCUUAGUGUGGAGGCCAGCAGCAAGAAGUCUGGGGCUUCGGCAAGCUGGGAAGAUGCGGAACUGGCUGCAAUUGAGGCUACAAAUCGCCGCAUCGGCACUAUCUUCACUUAUCUAUUCAUCAGCGCCGGCAUUGUCCUCAUGCUCCUGAUGGUUAUGAAUAUCCUCUCGAAGACCAAGGGGUGGACCCGAUUCAACAUGAUCCGCACUGGACUUGUCUUCGCGAUUGGUGCCGGUAUCAGUAUUCUAUCUGCCAUCCAGACAAAUGCCAAGCUUAUGUCUCGCUUUAUCAACUCCCCAUGGCAGCUCCCAACAAUCGCCAUUGCCUACUUCUGCGUUUUAAUCUUGACUCACUUGCCGCACCCUUCGCAAAUAUCUCUGCAGCCUAGGGGAGAGAACGAGAAGGACGAGCUGAGCUUUGCCAAAGAUCCCUCCCAUUCCGGAGGAGUUGAGGCUGGCCAUCCCCACGGAUAUGCCACCCAAUUUCAUCAAGAGCAAGCAGGUGACCAAAGUAGCAGCUCCGGUGGAACUCCCCAACAUGGCCAGGUUGAUAUGAGUAGCUACGACGGAGGUCAUUAUCAGGCUGCCAGUGCCGUCCCUCAGCCUCAAUACCAUCACCCCAGCCAACCAUAUCAGACUGGAUACCAGCAACCCGAAACUCGCGCGGGAUGGCCUACGAGGGGUAUGACGAUCAGGCAGGGGAUCGCUUCGAUGCAGCAGGCAGCCAGGAAUAUUCACAUUGAGCGGACACCCAACGACCCCACGUGGAGAGGACACAACGCCUACCCAGCGAACCAAAGCGGGCCAUAUGGCCUUUACAGAGCGGGAUAG